UAAGGUAGGAUAGGAUAGGAACGUUAGUGAGGGUAGUUGAGGAAGCGUGAGAAAAAGCGAAGAGAGAGAGGGAAGCAGUUACAACUUACAAAGAAAGAGAUGGGGUGGGCCAUAGCCCUACACGGCGGCGCCGGCGACAUCCCGCUUUCACUACCACCGGAGCGCCGCCAGCCGCGCGAGGAAGCCCUCCGCCACUGCCUCCGAAUCGGCGUUGAAGCUCUCAAAGCCAAACUCCCUCCUCUCGACGUGGCAGAGCUCGUCGUUCGCGAGUUGGAGAACAUUCCGCAGUUCAACGCGGGGAGAGGAUCUGUGCUCACUUCCGAAGGCACCGUGGAAAUGGAAGCUUCCGUCAUGGACGGCGCCACCAUGAACUGCGGCGCUGUUUCCGGCCUCACAACGGUUGUCAACGCCGUCUCUCUGGCUCGAUUGGUGAUGGAAAAGACGCCUCACAUCUAUCUCGCUUUUCAAGGAGCAGAGGAAUUUGCCAGACAACAAGGCGUUGAGACUGUCGAUGCAACCCAUUUUAUUACUGCGGAAAAUAUUCAAAGGCUAAAGCAGGCAAAAGAAGCCAAUAGGGUCCAGAUUGACUAUACCCAACCUAUUCAAAAUGAUUCAAAGAAAGAAACGCCAUUAGCUAGUGGUGAUAGUCAAAUUGGGACGGUUGGGUGUGUGGCUGUUGAUGGUGAUGGGAAUUUAGCUUCUGCAACAUCUACUGGUGGAUUAGUGAACAAAAUGGUGGGUCGAAUUGGUGAUACACCAGUAAUUGGUGCUGGGACCUAUGCCGAUGCGCGUUGUGCAGUUUCAGCAACUGGCAAAGGUGAAGCAAUAAUACGUGGGACAGUGGCAAGGGAUGUAGCCGCUCUGAUGGAGUUCAAGGGUCUUUCUCUUGAGGAAGCUGCUAAUUGUGUUGUACAUGAGCGCACACCAAAAGGUACUGUUGGUUUGGUUGCUGUGUCUUCCAAAGGAGAAGUUGCGAUGCCUUUUAAUACAACAGGCAUGUUCCGAGCAUGUGCUACUGAAGAUGGGUAUUCUGAGAUUGCAAUUUGGCCUGCUGCCAAAAUUGAGUGAUCUUUAGGCUUUUAUGAUUACCAAGCUUAAUGUAUUCUGACAUUAUGGUUAUGUCACAGGCAAAUUCAUAUUCUUUUCAAGGUAUAGAUUUUUGUUUGGUUCGUGAUCAUAAUCCUCCUACGUACCACGUUAUCCAUGAAACUCUGAGCUUUUUAUAUAGUUUGUGCUGCAUUGUGAAUGUGAUCAUAUUCUGCUUA